CCGAGGAUGUGAAUCCAGGGACAGGGUGACCGCGCGGGGCGCGGGGAGGCGACUUUCCUCUCUGCGUCCCCGCGCUCGCUCGGGCCGAUGUUUCUGUUUAGGUCCCCUGGCCCACGGGGGCGUGGGGGAGUAAGGGGGGGACCGGUCCCCCCAAAUGGCCGGGGAGCACUCCGCAGAGAGUCGGGGUCACCGCAGGGCGGUCCCCAACUCGCCCGCGCGCGCGCGGCGCCCCGAGGCUCGGAUCCCACGCGCCCACGCGCCCCAGCCUGGGCGCACGAGGCCCCCUCGCCGUCUGCAGAGCCCGGGAGCGGGGUGACGGCCGCCGAAGCCCCUUCCAGGCGCCCCCUUCUUGCUGGCGCCCAGCCAGCGGCCGCUUGGGCAGGCAGCGCGCGCCCCGGGGACGGGGCGGGGUGAGGCGGGGCCCGCCCCCCCCCCCCACCUCUGCGCACCGGACGGGGCGCGGCCCGAGCGGACUCGCUGCCGGCGGGACCCUGGAGUAAACCCGGAGCCGAGCCUGAGCGCCCCUGCCGGGCGUGGACAGCGGCCCCCCGGACCCCCAGCGGGGCCACCGCGGACGCCUGGCGCUGCCCGCAGACCCGGCCACCCUGGCUGUCGCCGCGCCGGGCCCCGCGCGCCGCGCCCUGCGCUGACCGUCCGGCCGCCGCCCUGCCAUGGCGGUGCCCCAGAGGUGCGGCGGGACCCCCGUGGCUUCCACCCUCCGGGACUGCAUGAUGGUCAGCGGCUCGGUGAUGCUCGUGGCCGGGACUCUCUGCUUCGCUUGGUGGAGUGAGGCGGACGCCGGGGCCCAGCCGGGGCUGCCGGCCCCACCCAUGGUGGCCCCCGAGCCCGAGCCCCCCAGCCCCCUGCUCAGGUCCCUCAGCUUCCUCUGCUGCGGGGCCGGCGGGCUGCUGGUGCUCGGGGGCCUGCUGUGGUCCGUGGAGGCCGGCCGCCACCCCCCGCCCCGCUGGGGCCCGUACCACCUCUCCCGAGACCUGUACCGCCUCGCGGUGGAGAAGCAGAGUGACAGGACCCCAGAGCUGGGCGCAGACCCCUCAGACGAGGAGGCCCUUCACGGCCCACCGACCGGAGGGUCCCGGUGCCCCCCUGCUUACCCUGCGGAGGAAGCCCUGCUGGGCAGCCAGCCCCCCAGCCCUCCGCCCAGCUACCAGAGCGCGCUGGCCGCAGAGGCCGGGCACGGGGGUCGCCACUGCUGGCCGCCUGGGAGCGCGGCACGGGGCUUAGGGGCGCCCCCGCCCGGAGUCUGACGCAAGUAACCCGCAUGCAGCGCAGAGCUGGUGCCUGGGGACGCGCCCCGGUCUUUUGCUCCUGCACCUGUUUCCAGCAAGCAGCUCAGACGGAGACUCUGGGGCUGGGCCGCAGCUCUGCAGGGGGCACCUCUCUGUCUUUGUCUCUCUGUCUCUGUCUCUGUCUCUCUGUCUCUGUCUCUCUGUCUCCCUGUCUCUGUCUCUCUGUCUCUGUCUUUCUCUCUCUCUCCCUUCCCUCUCUCCCUCCCCCUCCCCCUUUUCUCUCUCUCCCUCUCUCUGUCUGUCUCUGUCUCUGUCUCUGUCUCUGUCUCUCUCUCCCCCUGGGGACCAGCAAAGCUAAGCAAUUGACAAAU